ACGAUACUUGUUUUUUUAUAAUUCCGUUUAUACACAAAAUAAUACAUCGUUUUUGAAAUGUUAUCGGACUCCAACGCCUUACACCUGUAUUAAAAGCUGUAUCAAUAAAAAAAAACUAACAUGACGAGUGCUACUAUUCAGGAGAUCGAAGGGAUAGACGACUACUGGGGUCCGGCGUUCCGUUCAGUGUACGAAGGAGACGGACAUGAGGCGUUCGUGCAGCAACUCGACGAGCGCAUCAAGCAGCAUGACAAGGAGAUCGAGAAACUAUGCAACUUCCACUACCAGGGCUUCAUUGACUCAAUCCGUGAGUUGCUCCAAGUCCGCUCACAUGCCGAAGAGCUGCAUGCUGAGAUAUCUAAUGUGGAUGCCAAUGUCAAGGAGACUACUGAAGGCCUCUGCUCCCGGGCCGAGGAGUUGAUCAGGGCGCGUCGUGUAGAGCUGAACAUUGCAGCCACAAUAGAAAAGAUGGAGCUCUGCCUCCCGCUGCUUACUACUUAUUCCAAAUUGAAGACACAGGUCGAGGCUAAGAGAUACUACCCGGCUCUGAAAACACUCGAACAAUUAGAACACGUUCUACUGCCGCGUGUAGGGCCAUACAAAUGGUGCGCGCAGAUCGCGGCCGACAUACCGCGACUGCGGCAAGCCAUACGGGACGCGUCCAUGGCCGACCUCAGGGGCUUCCUGGAGAACAUACGCCGGCUCAGCCCGCAGGUCGGUGCGAUGGCGUUAAAGCAAACUCAAGACAUGCUCGGUAGAAGCUUGGCUACUAUUGUAAAAACUAAGAAGGACAUGGCCGUGCUCGGCAUCGCUCGCGAGCACCUGGGGCCGCAGUGUCCGCACGAGCUGGUGGACUUCAGCCCGCUGCACCGCUGCCUGCACAUCCACGGCGUGCUGGGCGCCAAGAACGACUUCAUACAGUACUACAGAGCACAACGCAAGCAGCAAGCGCGCUUGGUGCUGAUCCCGUCGGGUAACCUCCACGACAACAUACAAAGCGUGAAGAACUACCUCAACGCAGUGCUGGGAUUCUUCAUACUGGAGGAGCAUCUGCUCAGCACUGGUGCAGGGCUGGUUUCCAAGGAUUGGCUUCUAGACACAUGGAGUAUGUCGGUGACCAAGGUGGCUUCGACUCUACGGACCAACACAUCGCUCAUCACAGACCCGACUCUCAUGCUGAGCAUCAAGCAUCAGAUAGUGCUGUUUAUUAACACGCUUAAAUGCUACGGGCUGCCCGCGGAUCCGCUCCCUCUACUCCUGCAAGAGAUGGCAGAGCACUACACGGAGGUGCUGAUGCAGCGCUGGGUGGUCGUGUUCAGGGAUAUACUCGACAACGCCACCUUCUUGCCCAUCGAGGUGGCUGAUCAAGAGCAAUACGACGGCGUAAUGGACACAUUCCCUUACGACGGAGAAGAAUUAGAAGCACAGGGUUUCCCCAGGAAGUUCCCAUUCUCGUCAAUAGUCCCCGCGGUGUACGUGCAAGUGAAGGAGUUCAUAUACGCGUGGCUCAAGUACUCGGCCGGCCUCGGCCUCGGCGGGGGCCGGCGCGCGGCCGCGGCCAGGCACUCGGCCUCGCUGCUGCUGAGCAGAUCCUUCACUGGAUGUCUGUCGGCGCUGUUCCGGCAUCCUUUGCCUCUGAUGCAACUUGUCCAGAUAAUCGUGGACACCCACUAUCUCGAAGACGCGACCAUAUGCCUUUACGAGUUUAUAAGCAACAUCACCGGUUCAGAGCUGGUCACUACACAGGCGGCAGGCAGCAUGUUCCAAGCGGCCCGCGACGACGCAGAGAAACAAAUCUGCGACAACCUCGAAAAGAAAGUGGACGAGUUCCUUGACCUCGAGAACUACGACUGGUUGCUGGUCGAACCGACCGGACAGGCCUCCGCAUUCGUUACAGACAUGCUGAGCUACCUGUCCGGGGUGUUGACUUCUUUAGAACAGCUACCAGAGCGGGCCAGAGUGGCAGCGGUGCGCGCAGCGACCAACCGCAUCGCGACCCGGCUGCGCAACCUGCUGCUCGACCCGGCCGUCAAGCAGAUUUCGUCCGGAGCGCUGUACCAGCUGGACCUGGACGUGAUACAGUGCGAGCAGUUCGCGGCCGGCGAGCCCGUGCCCGGCCUCAGGGAGGGCGAGCUACUGGAGCAGUUUACUAGUCUACGCCAGCUUCUCGAUCUGAUCACCGGCUGGGACUGGUCGUCCUACCUCCACGACAUCAACAUGGAGGGCAACAAGUACAGCCUCGUGACUCCGCGCGAAGCCGCCACGCUGCUCGAAAAGCUGAAGGAAGCCGAGUCGAAAUCUUCCGUCUUUGCCGUUUUGAAGAAGAACGAGAGGGACAGGAGGAAGCUGCUCGACACCGUUUUGAAGCAGUUGAAACAACUGCAAAAUCAGGAUGGCUAGAUAUCCUUAACUAUAGCAGCACAGAAUAAGAAAUAGUACUACCGUACAGAAAGGAAACUUCCUACAAAACCGAAGUUUGACAGCGGUUCAGGGUCGAGCCAUGCUGUCUCUUUCUAAUAUAUGGCACUAUGCCUUUCGGCUAUUUAGGGUUGCCAAAAUUCAAGUUAUUAUCUUAUCUGUCGUCGUGCACGCAAAGGGUCGUCAAGUUGUGUCAACCCUAAUAAUUGCUCGGAGCAAUGCUGAGCCGAACGGAACCGAGUUUGCCCGAAGUCAAGAGUUUCGCAUGACCUAAGAGUGGUACUCCAUCGGUCCAAUGUCGUUGCAUUUCACUCUCUCAUUAAGCAAAAUGUGAGACAAAAUACACAUUGGACAGCUGGAAUACCACCCUUAUCAGCUAUAGCAAAGGGUAAUUUUAUUUACAGUAUAGCAGAUUAAAAGCAAGAAAACUUCGUGCCUCGAAUUUAAUAGCUGAAGUACACUCGCCAUCAGAUAUAUCGGGGCCGAGGUGCUCAAAAAUAUCUGAACACGCACUCUAACGCCUUGACAAUAGAGGCGUGCUCAGAUAUUUUGUGAGCGCCUCGGCCGCUCCGAUAUAUCUGAUGGCGACUGUAAGUACAUGUCACUGUAGCGCUAACUAGGGGCACGAUUGUUUCUACGAACCUCUUUAACAACCAACUCUUUGGGUUUUAUCAGUAUUUGUCUUGAAAAUCUUGAGAGCGAUCAAUUUGUAUUGCUAGUGGAAGUAAUAUUAUAAAAUAUAUCUCGCAUAUUUUAACCCCUCGAGUCGUAGGCAUAGACAAAACAAUGUCAGAAACUUUUAACGCUUUCGACUUUUCAUACAUUUUGUAUGAAAUCGCGUGGGGUUAAGCUUUUAGUGCCUUUGUGUGUUAACUCUUUGACCGCCUAAUGACUCCUCUACACGAUGGGCCAACGCUGGCCACUUCAAGGGACGCAGCCAUGCGGUAGACUGAGAUAGCAAUAUCACUUGUUCCCUCUAACGCAUAAAUGCGUCCCUUUGAGUGGCCGGCGAUGGCCCAUCGUGUAGAGGAGCCAUAAGAUGCCGCGCGGCUAC